AUGACCAUGUCACAGACAUUUAUUUUUGUCGGCGUGUUUCUAUUCAUUGUCAACCAAGCGCAAGGCUUUGAAUAUCUGAAUGAUGUUAUCGCACGUGCCAAGAAAACUUUGGCCCUAUACGAAUCCGGGAGAGAUACAGGAAAGCCUGUAUAUAUGAGCAAAGGUGUGGCCCUGGACGUUGGAAACCUAAACAGAGAGACUUUCCAGUUCCUGCCUGAAGACCUAAAGAUAUCAAUCGCCGGUUGUCAUAGGCUAUUGUCCAGAUCUUCCAGCAGCGACUACGACGAAAUUUUGUCCCUUAUGAUGCAAAGUCCCCUGAUACAACCCAGGGAAGGCAGUUCUAUCAACAGAAUGGACAAAUUCAUGCCGGAAAUCAAAGCUUGGUGGAAUUUUCUUGGCAAAUCGAAGGCUACAAAGAUGCAAGAGCUGAAUAAUUGGUUUUUACAGCUGAUCACAAACAGUGACUUCCUGGCUGCAACCCAAUUACAUGGCAAAUCGUCUCUCAGCAUGGCGAAAACGACAAUGCUAAUGUUUAAGAAAUUAAGGGAAGGCUGUAAAGAUAAGGAAAAGGGACUGAAACAGCGUGACAUAAUCGACCUGGCUGUGCUUCAAUACCCUCAAGCGGAAACCGAAACGUUUCUCCUGCAUCGCGUUCGUCUCUUCGGUUGGGUCGAUUGCAAGACUUCGAAUAGAAAUGGUGGAAUCACUGGUGAGUAUACGAAACGCGAGUUUACGUCACGUUACACCAUAAUCUCGGAGCUCUCGCCCACCAGCAGAGAGAAAGCGCUAUCCUACAUUACCAAGGUUUUUGACAGCAUUGGAUCCGAGACAGAAACUCCGACGGCAGAUACAACGACUAAAUCCGCAGCCAGCUCCGAAAAAUCAUCUAUUCUCAUGUCAUCAACAGCAGCAGCCAUCACGACUGCAGCCACAAUUCCAAAAAAUCCCGAUGAUGAUGACGACGACGAUGUAUUGUCUUCAUUAUCUAUCUAUCUAUCUAUCUAUCUAUCUAUCUAUCUAUCAUAUAUUCUAUGCCAUUAUACUUCGAAAUCUCUCCUUAACUAA